AUGGCACGGCCGGUUAAGAGGCAAGCACAAGUAGUACAAGGAGCACAAGAUGACAUUAAGGAGGAACACCUUUUGGCUUUCAUUGCGAAGAAGGAAUAUAGUAAUGAGGAUAAAUGCAAACAAGAACUCAAGAAAUAUUGUGAAGAGUUGAAGGAAGCAGAUGGUAAAUUCAAUGUUAAUGAUAAAGUUAAAGAACUUUGUGGUGGUGGUGAUGAAGCAAAACGAGAUAAAAAAUGCAAAGACCUGAAAGACAAAGUUGAAGAUGAAUUAGAAAAUUUUGAUGAUGAACUUCAAGAAGCAUUGAAAGACAUAAAAGAUGAAAAUUGUGAAAAACAUGAAGAAAAAUGUAUACUUUUAGAAGACACGGGUUAUAGUGAAGAUAUUAAGAAGAACUGUGUCAAGUUGAGGGAAGGAUGUUACAAAUUGAAGCGUAAAAAGGUGGCAGAGGAGCUCCUUUUGAGGGCGCUCGGAGGGGAUGCUAAAGAUGAAGCUAAAUGUAAAGAAAAGAUGAAAACUGUUUGCCCAAUGUUAAGCCGAGAAAGUGACGAGCUGAUGUUUUUCUGCCUUGAUUCGGAUGGAACGUGUAAAGCGCUGAAAACAAAAUCAGAAGAAGUUUGCCUGCCUUUAAAAGAAAAGCUUAAAGAUGGCGAAUUAAAGGAAAAAUGUCAUGAAAGACUUGAGAAAUGUCAUUUUUACAAAGAAGCGUGUACUGAAACAAAGUGUGAUGAGGAUAUGAAGCAAUGCAAGGAAAAAGGAUUCACAUAUAAAGCGCCGGAAUCUGAUUUUAGUCCUGUCAAGCCGAAGGCGUCGUUGUUGAGAAGUAUUGGGUUGGAUGAUGUGUAUAAAAAGGCUGAAAAAGAAGGAAUUAUUAUUGGAAAAUCAGGAGUGGAUCUACCAAGGAAGUCAGGUACAAAAUUUCUGCAAGAUCUCUUGCUACUGUUGAGCAGAGAUGAGGAUAAGACGGAUGCAAAAAGUAAAUGCGAUAAAGCGUUAAAAAAAUGUGAAACUUCUAAGUAUUUGGAUCAUAAUUUUAAAGAGUUAUGUAAAAAUGAAACUACUAAAAACGCCAAAUGCGAAGAAUUACUAAAUGUAGAAGAAAGAUGUACAAAUCUCAAAUUAAAACUUUAUCUGAAAGGAUUGUCUACGGAAUAUGAUGAUCAAGAAUCAGAUCCUUUAUCGUGGGGACAGCUUCCAACCUUUUUUAUAAAAGGAGAGUGUGCAGAACUUGAGUCGGAAUGUUUCUAUUUAGAAAAGGCGUGUACGAAUAAGAUUGAUCAAGCAUGUCAAAAUGCAAGAGCAGCGUGCUAUAAAAAGGGACAAGACAGGAUGUUGAAUAAGUUCUUUCAAAAGGAAUUGAGGGGAAAUCUUGGUCUUGUAAGAUUUUAUAGCGAUCCUGAAGAAUGCAAAAAAUCUGUGGUAGGAAACUGUACAAAACUUAAAGAAGAUAGUAGAUACCUUUCAAAAUGUCUUUAUCCUAAAGAAUUAUGUUAUGCGCUUUCAAAUGAUAUUUUUCUUCAAUCCAAAGAGUUAAGUUCGCUUUUGGAUGAUCAAAGGGAUUUUCCAUUAGAAAAGGAUUGUCUUGAAUUGGUGGAGAAGUGUGAUGAACUUAGUAGUGAUUCAUUAUUGAAUUUAGAAAAGUGUAUAACAUUGAAAAGACGCUGUGAAUACUUUAAGGUUACAGAGGGAUUUAGAAAAGUAUUUUUAGAAAAAAAGGAUGAUUCGUUAAUGACUCAGGGAAACUGUACAAAGGUAUUGCAUGAGAAAUGUAAUACUUUAUAUAGGAGGAGAAAGAAUUCAUUUAGUGUUUCAUGUGCUUUACCAGAAGAAACAUGUAGUUAUAUGGUAUUCCACACAAGUCAAGAUUGUAAAUAUUUAAAAGAAAACAUCAAGAAUGAAGGAAUUGUAGGAAAAAUUGGAGGAGCAAAUAAAGAUGAAACAGCACUUGAAGAACUCUGCACAACAUGGGGCCGACAUUGUCACCAACUUGUGAAGAAUUGUCCGGAGCAGUUGAAAGAAAAUAACAAAGAUGAGAACUGCGAAGCACUCGAAGAAAAAUGCAGUGAUACCUUUAAAAAGUUGAAAUUAGAGGAGGAGCUGAGUCAUCUGUUGAAAGGCAGUUUAAGCAAAGAUGAUGAUUGUAAAAAAAAAUUAGGAGAGAGUUGUACUGAGUUGAAAAAGAAUCAAACAUUCAAAAUUCUUCUUGGUGAAUGUGGAGAAGAUAAGAAGCAAAAUGUUUGCAAAAAAUUAGUUGAUAAAGUAAAAAAGAGAUGUCCUACUUUAAAAGCCGAUCUGGAUAAAGCAAAAGAGGAAUUAGAAAAGAACAAGAAUGAAUACGAUAAGCUCAAAAAGGCGGCAGAAGAUUCUACGGAGACAGCUAAAUUAUUGCUAUCAAGGCCUAAACAAGACAAACCGCCAAAUGCGCAGAAUGGCAGUGAUUCUACACUAGUACCACCACCACCACAAGCACCAGCAGGGCCAUCAGGAUCAGGGUCACCACCAGCAUCAGGGCCAUCAACUGAUGGAAAGGCGGACAUGCCAGGUGGAGGAUCAGGGACACCAGAUGGAGGAUCAGGCACACCAGAUAAAGGAUCAGGAAUACCAAGCAGUGGAACGACGGGCUCUGCAAAACUUGGACUCGUUAAAAGAGCGUAUGUAGAUGGAGGAGUAUCAGAAGUAGAGGUAAAAGCAUUUGAUGCAACGACAAUAGCAUUGGAAUUGUAUUUGGAAUUGAAAGAGGAAUGCAGCGCUUUACAACUAGAUUGCGGUUUUAGAGAGGAAUGUCAGGAAUCUAAACAAGCUUGCGAAAAAAUAGACGAGUUAUGCGGAGGAAUAAAACCAUUAGAAAUUAAGCCUCAUCAUACAGAGACACAAAAAGAAACCUCAACCAUUACGACGACCACUACAACGACCACUACAACGACCAGUACCACGACUACUACCACGACUACUACGACAACCAAGCAGGGAAGUGGAGGAAAAGUAACAGAAGAGUGUACAAUGAUACAGACGACAGAUACAUGGGUGACGAGUACGUCAUUGCAUACGAGUACGACAACGAGUACAUCGACAGUGACGUCGACAGUGACGUUGACUUCGAUGCGCAAGUGCAAACCUACCAAAUGUACUACUGAUUCAAACAAAGAGACAGAUAAAGGAGGAGAAGAAGAAGAAGAUGUAAAACCUAAUGAUGGGAUGAAAAUAAGAGUUCCUGAUAUGAUUAAAAUAAUGUUGUUGGGAGUGAUUGUUAUGGGAAUGAUGUAA